GAUGUCUGACUACGAACGAGAAAAUAUGGUCGCAACCUUACAAUAGUCAACCAAGUCACACAGUUUAUUACUUCGAACUCUACAUAGCCUAAAAUGCCGCGUGUAGACCCCCCGACCAGCACCCAGCGCACGUCGCGGAAUGACGUUCCGGACCCGCCCGUUAAACAGCCCCAAAUCUCAGAGAUCGAUAAACUAAAACAAACCAAUCUUAAAUUAACCACGGAAUGCAGAUGGCUUCGAGUAACAAUCAGGGAAUUGGGUUUAAUGAUUGAUAUAGCUGAAGCUGAGAAAAAAUUGGCCAAGACCAGGAUCGGCAUAUUCGAAAAACUCGAUGUCGAAUCAGGAAUAGUUUGCAGCGAGGCUCAGAGUAAAGCGAGAGGAAUCUGGGCACCUCUUAUUCGUGAAAUCAUUCAAAAGAAAUACACUUUCGAUAAAACAGGCUCAGAGAAAGAUCGACAGGAAUACGAAUCUGCGAUUGUAUCAUGGCAGAUGACACACACCCGAAGAGAUGAUAUUGAGAUAAUCAUUUGCAACCAGGUACUCGGAGAUCGAGCGGCAAAGAUCGGUGAACAAUUAGAAGUCACAGUAGAUUUAUUGCGUGAUAUCUACUCUAAGCAUUCCGAGAUUAUAACUGCGCAAGAAAGUAAGUUGAAGACACAAGCUAGCGCCAUUUCAAGCUUGCAGGAAAGUGAAAAGAGCCAAAUCAUCUCGAUUGCUGAAAUGAAAAUUAAGCAUGAGAAAGAGGUGAAGGGGCACAUUGAGGUAAUCGCAAGCUUGAAAGAAAAGGAGAAGUCUUCAAUGAUUGAGAUGACUAGAAAGUAUGAGGCAAAGUUGAAGGAACAAAAAGCUGUUGUCGCCAACUUCGAACAGAAAGCUAGGACCUCGGCAGCUGCAGUCAAAAAGACUUAUGAGAAGAAGUUGACAGAACAGAGCAUCACUAUUACCAAUUUCGAAGAGAACGAAAAAUCUUUGGCUGCCCAGAAGAGGAUUGAAUACGAGCAGAAACUGGAGAAGCAAAAAAACACAAUCACCAAACUCGAAGAGGAAAAGCUAGCUUCAGCUGCUGAGAUGAAGAGAUUGUGUCGGGAACUAGCUGCUCAUCGUGAAGUUUCUGUCAGCAUUCUGAACCGAAAGAGAGAGCUGACGAAACCGCAUGAGAUUCGUGAUGACUACACUAUUGAAACAGGAAAUAUCGCAGCACAUGGGGGAACUUGUCUGGCCGACGUUUUUCGAAUCAAAUCCAACGGUGAUAUCAAUGAGCAAGCAUGGUUCCAAGAGACAUAUGGUGUAUCUAUAGACACGGCGGAUAGAUAUGCAGAAAGUGCAGCGUUUGUAAAGCUUAUAAAUAUGCGAUAUGAGUUGUACAGAUGCAGCGCGGAAAACCGGGAUGUUGAUCCCGAGUUUGAAGAGGGAUUUCAGAAACUACUAACUGGAAGUUUGGAGAAAAACACAAAAGCAACCCCGGAGUCGAUUGAUAAGUUUCUGUUGGAGAGUAAGUAUGGAAGAGAAACUUUCCAGAAACUAUGUAGUAUCUGGGAUAUCACAAGAGUUUACCAAAGAAAACAGUUCCGAGAGAGCAGAGAUCCAAAAAAGAAGUCUAUUUUCGGGGGAAGCUUUAAAAGCGUCAAGUCUACUGCUUCGGUUUGGACGGGAGAAACUCAGAAGAGAAGCAAACUCGAUAAAAUCGAGGAAUAUGGCAAGGAUAUGCUCUCCUCUGCGAAAGAUGCCAUGCCCUGGACUAAACAUUAAGAUCAAAUAACAGGCGCCGAUGGAGAUCUUAAUAAUGGGGCAUAGAUUUACGAACCACUAGUUCUACACUCUUUUGUGCUAUCUGUUCUGCUACUAUCAAAAUGACCAUCUAACAGAGGGGUCAUUUCAUAAUGUGUCUCAUAAUGUGUCUACACAUUUCUGUCUCCA